UGCCAUUCACGCCGGCAAACUGCUCACUCACUUUUGCUACCACCUGAUUUUUCUCUCUCGCUGUAUAUUUGCAAAUAUCACUAAUAUUUUUUUAAAAUUAAUUGUACAGAAUGUCACAUAAGGAUAAGAUCAAUUUGUGCGUAAUCUGUACUUCAAAGGUACCUACUGAAAAAUCGGAUAAUAAAGUUAGUGGUGAAGGUGACAAGGAUGACGAUCCGGCAAAUUCAUCUGUCAUUUUUUUCCUGAAUAAUCUCCUUCCAGAAAAGUUCCUUCUCCAAAUGGGGGCACUUGAUCCAGGGUGUGUGAAACAAGGGGUACCGAAACGAAUGGAGGAUUUGAUAACAAGUAAGGGCUAUCCUUCUACUUGGCUGUCAUUUUGCAAUGAUUGCAGAAAUUUUGUAGAAGAAGCGAGACAAAUUUUCCUAAAAAUUGGGCGGCUGCAAGAACAAUUUGAUGGAUUUCAGAAACUUGUAUUGACACGAAUCAAAGAUACUUUUAAUGAGGAAGAAGUCAUGAAUAAGAAAAACUCAAACGUAUUCGACAUAUCGGCGGACUUGGUUCGAGUCGCAGUUGUAAAAAUAGGUGAAGAGAAACCGAAGGUCCAGGACAAUUUAAACCAGGAUGAACCCUCCAGUUCUAAGACACUGGAAGCUAAAAGUAGCAACCCAUCAGACACUACUACUGUGAGAAGAACCAAUCCUAAGAGACUAGCCACCAACCGACCAAAGAUUAAGAAGAGAAAACGUUUAGAAAUUCGUUCGAAGUCAGGUAGACUGAUUAAGCAGCCGGAUUCAGAUACCGAAACCUACGAAGAAGAGGAAGAAACAAGAACUCCAGUGGUGAAAGUUGACCAGGAAAAAUUAAUGGAAAUGGAGUUUUCAGACUCAGAAGGGGACGAGUUUACAGUUUCCAGUGCCGAAGAUGAAGCAACCAGUUCGUCAGGCUCUAUUACUGUGGUGGACAGUGGUGAUCUGUCUCCUGAGGAUGGGGAUGAAGAGAUUCAUGGAGAACUCGGAGAUGGAACAAAUUUGGAAUUGUUUUGGUGUGAAUAUUGUAACAAACAGUAUACGAGUGUGUCACUUAUGGCGUCCCACCAGAAUCAUUGUAGAAAACGCAAAGAGUAAUGUGUUGCAGGGGAUCAACUGUAUGAUUCAUUGCCAAUUUAUGUUAAUUAAAUUUGUAGUAAAGUUUACACUUUAAAUGAUACCACGGGAAAAAAAUUCAGCGUGCUAUUUAUGUACGUAAAUCAAUGAACAAAACCUUGUACAUGCACACUUUAAUCUUUGUAUUUACUAACUUAAUUAGUAUAUCCUUAUUAAAUAAAUAAGCUAUGCAUAUGUACAUAUUA